CUUGAAUAUUUUUUAACUAAUUGAUUCAAGUAGUUUCAUUAAAUUAUUUAAAAAUAAAACUUUUCUAUAAAAUUAAUUCAAUACUACUUUUGUGGGCUAAUGUCUGGUUUUGAUAAGACUCGAGUGGUCGGUGUAUCCGAUGAGGAAUUGGAUGAAUACACGUGUGGUAUAUGUCUGCAAGUGUUUGUCAAUCCUGUGGUCACCCAAUGCUGUCAACAAUCCUAUUGUAGUGAAUGUAUCAACGGUUGGCUUUCAGACAACAAUACCUGUCCUAAUGAUCGCAAGUCAUUGAGUCGUGAAGGCGUGGGUCCGGCGCCCAGAGUUUUGGUCAACUUAUUGAAUAAAAUGAAAGUGAAGUGCGAUUUCUAUCUCAAAGGCUGCGAAUCAGUGGUCAAAAUGUGUGAAUUACUCCAACAUUUAGAUUAUUGCGAUUAUAGUGAGAGGCAAAAGUGCAAGACCUGUGAACUGCCUAUUGAUGGCAAUACCCAACACAACUGUAUCGACAAUCUAUUGAUUCAAAACCAAAGUCUUCGUAAUGAUAACCAAAGACUAGAAGCAGAAGUUAAUAAAUUGAGUAUGAAUAGAGUAAUUUCAUUGGCUCGUAAAGACCUGGAUAAUGUUGAGGUGCGAUCACAAACACGAAUGUCAUCGUCUGAAGUGAAUCUAUGUAUUGAGACGUCUCAGGAAGCCAUCGGCAUUGACAAGAGUCGAGUGGUCGGUGUAUCCGAUGAGGAAUUGAAUGAAUUUCUAUGCGGUAUAUGUCUGGCAGUAGUGGUCCAUCCAAUGGUCACCCAAUGUUGUCAACAAUGCUAUUGUCGUGAAUGUAUCCACAGUUGGCUUUCAAACAGCAAUACCUGUCCUAAUGAUCGCAAACGAUUGUAUCGCGAAGAUGUCUGUCCGGCGCCCAGACUUGUGACCAACUUAUUGAACAAAAUGCAAGUCAAGUGCGAGUUCUAUGACAAGGGCUGCGAAUCAGUGGUCAAAAUGUGUGAAUUAACACAACAUAUAGAUUAUUGCGAUUAUAAUGAGAGGCAAAAGUGUAAGACCUGUCACUCCAGUGAUUUGUUAAUCAAAAAUCAAAGUCUUUGCGAUGAAAUUGAGAAAUUAAAAGCCGAUUAUAAAAAACUGAGUAUGAAAGGCGUGAUAGAGACAGCUCGUAAUAACCUGGAUGAUUACCAAGUGAUUUAUCAAAUCAACAUCUCAUCGUCUAAACUGGACUUAUGUAUAAAGCGGGCAAAAGAGGCCAUCAGUUGCUGUGACACCUACACCGACAUAACGAGCCAUAUAUUCAACGCGUUUAAUACACGCAAACGGUUUUCCAAGCGCUGGCACUGCAUAGCAUUCGCGGGCACUGGCGACAAGAGUCGAGUGGUCGGUGUAUCUGUGGAGGAAUUGGAUGAAUACACGUGUGGUAUAUGUCUGCAAGUGUUUGUUAAUCCUGUGGUCACCCAAUGCUGUCAACAAACUUAUUGCAGUGAAUGUAUCUAUGGUUGGCUCUCAGACCACAAUACCUGUCCUAAUGAUCGCAAGAAAUUGAGUCGUGAAGGUGUGGGUCCGGCGCCAAGAUUUGUCAUUAAUCUACUGAAUAAUAUGAAAUGUAUGGAGGGCGUGAUAGAGUCGGCUCGUAAAGACCUGGAUAAUUGCACAGUGAAAUCACGAACGAAUCUAUCGUCGAGUGAAGUGGAGUUAUGCAUCGAAAGGUCCAAAGAGGCCAUCAGGAGGUGCAACAGCUUUUCGGAUAUAUCGGCGCACAUACACAAUGUAUUCAAUGAUAAUAGGGGUGUCUGGGCUAUCAAACAAUGGCAUUGCAAUGCAUUCUCCAAACAUGGCGGCGAGUCUCUCGUAUCUCCCAAACAAUACUGUCGACUAGUGUUUGGUUUGCUUCGCAUCGAGAUAUUUAGUACUGCCAAGAAUUAAAGCAUCUAGGUCAUUAUGUUUCUAGGAACAUGGUUUAAUAGAAAAAAUUGUAAAAGGCUAAAUAGUAACCAUCAGCACCUAGCGCAAUUAGACACGG